UAUAGCUGCCUGGCACCCGCCCCAGUCUAUGCUAUGCAGAGGAACUGCUGUGUUAAAAAUUUUUGAAAACCAGUGAGAGAUUCCAUUCCCACUCCCUUAAAGCCUUGAUCAUGAUGUUUUCUUUUUCUGUAUGAGACUUUAUUUUUUUCCCACCGGGGAAGCUGAGCAAUUUUAGUUUAAAGCUACUGAAAAUAGAGAAAGUCUGUGAUUGCAGUGAGCUUCAUAGCAGCCUUUCUCUUCCUGCUGAUUGUGCGUCUUGUAAAUGAAGUGAAUUUCCCCUUGCUACUAAACUGCUUUGGACAACCUGGUGCAAAAUGGAUACCGUUCUCCUACACGUACAGGCGGCCCCUUCGAACUCAUUAUGGAUAUGUAAAUGUGAGGACACAAGAGCCUUUGCGAUUGGACUGUGACCUUUGUGCCAUAGUGUCAAACUCUGGUCAGAUGGUUGGCCAGAAAGUGGGAAGUGAGAUAGAUCAGUCCUCCUGCAUUUGGAGAAUGAACAAUGCUCCCACGAAGGGUUAUGAAGAAGACGUUGGCCACAUGACAAUGAUUCGAGUUGUUUCCCACACCAGUGUUCCUCUUCUGCUAAAAAACCCUGACUAUUUCUUCAAGGAAGCCAACACUACUAUCUAUGUUAUUUGGGGUCCUUUCCGCAACAUGAGGAAAGACGGCAAUGGCAUUGUGUACAACAUGUUGAAGAAGACGGUUGAUGUCUAUCCAAAUGCCCAAAUUUAUGUGACCACGGAGAAGCGCAUGAGUUACUGUGAUGGAGUCUUUAAGAAGGAAACUGGCAAAGACAGAGUCCAGUCUGGCUCUUAUCUCAGCACGGGGUGGUUUACCUUCAUUCUGGCCAUGGAUGCCUGUUACGGCAUUCACGUCUAUGGGAUGAUAAAUGACACCUACUGCAAGACAGAAGGAUAUAGAAAAGUCCCCUACCACUACUAUGAACAAGGACGUGAUGAAUGUGAUGAAUAUUUUCUUCAUGAACAUGCACCAUACGGGGGACAUAGGUUUAUCACUGAAAAGAAAGUGUUUGCUAAAUGGGCCAAAACCCACAGGAUUAUAUUUACACACCCGAACUGGACAGUGUCUUGAUGUUGGUUUCCCUGAUAUUGCCAUUACACUUGACAUGACCAUGAUACUGCAACUGUGAUGCUAAUGAGGCUGAUGCGAAUGAUGUUGAUGAUAGAGAGAACAAUGAUGCUCAAGCUCCUAUAUGUUCUCGGAAAUGGUUGGUGAAUUUUCUGGUAAUUUGGUCUGAGAUUUGGUGGAGGGUGAUUGUGCUCAUCAUGUUGUUUCUGAAGGUUCAACACGACAUACUGCACUUUAUAAUUUAACUGGAAUUCAUGUGAAGGCCAGUAAUAUGGCAACUGCGACCUGAGAAAUGGGAAGAUUACCAUUCAAGGUGGCUGUUCAGAAAUCUUUAACAAUAAUUUCUGAAAGUUAUGGUAUGUUUCAUGAGGCAGGGUUUUCAACACCUUGGUUUCUUGAACUUGAGUAGCUUCCUGACUUGAAGAAUGGUUGUCACAAAUACUGA